GUCAAGCGGGGGAGUGCUGGGAAGUGUUUUAAUGCCGCAGAGCAGGCGCCAAAACUGAAAGUGAAACUAGGUGAUCUUUCGCAAGCAGCAAACGAGCAGGAGCUGCGAUUAAUGGUGCCAGCAAAGACAAGAUGAUAAUAAAUAAAGGGAAAGCGAAUUUCCUCUGGACUUUUUCCCCUCCAGCAGCAGCACGGGGAAAUUUGGCCAUCAGCGAUAAAAGGCGCCCGAAUGACAGAAUCUUCGUUAAGCGUGGAAGGUACUGACAAGAUGAAGUGGUUUGCUUUCAGCAUCAUCUGUGCAGUUCUCCAAAUCAGCUACCAGAAUCCAAGGAAGCACUGGACUCUGCUGCCCAACAUUCUGGUUUUGGAGGUGGAUGGCACUUUGGGUGAGCAGAACCUGUUGUGUAUGGAGUCGCCACAGGAGCUCAUUGUGAGUGCCAACCAGAGCCAAGAAAUCUUUUGGAAGAAGAAUGGAAUAGAGCAAGCUCAGAGGGGAAACUCUUAUCGAGUGCAGCUAGAGGAAAGCUUAGGAGGGGGCAACUACACCUGCCACAGCGAGGAUGGAUCUCUUCUCAAUCAUACUAUUGUUCUCAUCAAAGAAGAUGAGAGCAAAAGGCGGAAGAUACUGGUGAAAACUGACGAAGAUUAUCUUAAGUGCACGGCUCAAAAUUACAACGGCGAGUUCCACUGCUCCUGGACCUGGCACAGCAGCCGCAGUGGCAGAGUAGCAUUUGUCAGCGCUCAUCGUCUUCCUGACCUCAACACAAAGUGCUCUGUGGAUACCAGCGGCGAGUGGACGUGCUCCUCAGGUCACGGCAACUUCAGCUGUACCGUGAAUGACAACAGGAUCUCCUGCCUGGACAAACAGCACUGCCCUUACGCCGAGGAGAGCAAGCAGAUCUGCGUCACUGUGUUCGUGUUGAGCCAGCACUUUCUGUUGGAGGAAUAUUUUAAGCGCUUUUACUUGUCAGACAUAGUGAAACCUGACAAGGUGGAGAUUGCUCAAGUCAACACCACAGUGAUACAGUGGAGUUACCCGAGCUCCUGGAGCAGCCCCUACUCUUACUUCCCUCUCACCUUCCAGAUUGCACAGCUCAAGAAUGGUUGUGAGGGGUGUGACAGUCCUUGCAGCAACUAUGAAGCUUUGACAGUCCACUCUACAGACACUCAGUUCAAAGUGAAGCACAGGGCUAAGGCUGUGUGCGUCAGAGCAAAGGAUGCCUUCUCUUUCUCACAAUGGAGCGAGUGGAGCCAUAAAAGGCUGAGGAACCACAGGAAGAAGAGGAACAAGCACAAGAACAAAUGAGUAUAAAAGAGGAGAAUCCCAGUGCUUUAUAUAUUUAUUUUUACAAAAUAAAAUUGUUUUUUGUAAUGUCUGAUUGUGAAAGUAAAUAAAGUGAGCUCAGCUUUGU